ACGCUUUUUAUGGAAGUCAACGUAGGAUGGCUUCUGCUCGGACUUCAAACAACAGCGCUGCUCGUUUCGGGAACGAGGAGGAGGAAAGUCAGCAACAGAAAAGUGUGAGUACUAGCUCACGAUUGUCGAGGCUGGGCAGGUCCCAGCAAAUGUCUGCCAUAGGUGCAAUGCAGGGCAGUCGGGGAAGCAUCUUCAUCCCCUCAGUGACAGAUCUGUCGGGAAUCCAACCCCCCCGACCCCUAGCCGACCAGUCUUCCUCCGCCUCCACCUCCAACCCCUCCUCCUCCCAGACACAAGGAGAAUCAGCCAUGGCGGCUGCAGCCGCUGGACAACUCAGUUCCUCUCCGACCAGCCAGCCCUCCGCUUCCUCCACCUCUUCAGAUCGAUCUCCGUGUCCUCCUCCUCCUCCUCCUGAUGAAGCUCACAAUGUCCUCGCGUCUAUUCCGCCAGAGGACCUCCAUGAGGACUCGGAGGUGUCCGCUUCAUCUGCUUCCGGACCUGAAACCACGCCUCAGGAUGCAGGUUCGCCUACGGAACCUGCAUCCCCUGUCUCUGGUAUCCAGGCCCCUGGACCUGGGACCUCGAUCAUCAAAGCUGCACCCCUGCGAAUAAGAGGAAGUUCAGAAAGCUCCGACCUUCUGCGUUCGGCAUUGGCGGUGGGCUCUCCUGUGACCGGUAGUGGCGGUACCACUGGUCAGGAAGUGGCUCGGUGGUCGCACAAGAGGACACCGUCCUUCAGCGCAGGCACUCCCGCCAGCAACCAUCAUAGUCGGUCGCUGGGGGGUGGUGAUGGUGGUCCUGCUCAUACUUCUGAUGACGACACCAAAAAACUUAAACUUCUCAUGGAGCACGGCGAUGAGCCUCCGCCGCCGCUGCAGGUGGCCAUGGCCGGCCGCGGCAGCAAUACCAUCAGUGGUGACAGUGAGCGGAAGAUGAGGAGCAGCAUGGGGAAGAAGAGUGCCAUUCCUUUGGCUCCAGAGUUGGACGGGGAUCAGGAUCGGGGCCGAGCGGCUGCUGGAGAGAGCCCCUCCCGAUCCCGUUCCCGAUCGACCAGGAGAAGGAUCAGGAGCAGGAAGUCGAUGCUUGGUUUUUCUGGGUCUGUUUUGGGUUCUGGUGCUGCUGCCACCAGGAGGAUGAUGGGUGGUGGUGGUGGUCGGUUGAACUCAGCGGCCAGUGUGAGUAUGCCGAUCCCUCGCUUUGCCUUCGGAAUGGACAGCAGAGAGACAAGCUCAGUCGUGCCCGUGGAGAACAACGCCAUAGCUUACGUCUGUGGAAGCUUCGUCACCAUAGCCAACCUCAGCACCUUUGACAUGAGGUUCCUCCAUUCGGUGAGUGACUCUCGGGUGAAGGUUCUGCGUGCCAGCAUGAGCCGUCGGCUUCUGGUCCUGGUGGAGCAGUCUGUCCAUGACGAGACGUGGUUUGUCGUGACAUACACAUGGCAGCAUCACCACACAUCUCUGUGGAAAGCCCACAGGACCCUUGCCCUCUCCAAGGAGGGCCGGAGGGUCAAGGAUGUUGUGGAUGUAUGUGUUCCUAAGGAUGAGGCGUCUGUGGUCAUCGUUUUCGUCAAUGAGGACGGGUCUUGGGGGCUUGUUAGUUGGCGUUUGACAGGGGCCCGGUUGUCCUCCCCCUUCACAUGGGGGGAUGGCAACCAGAGGGAAGACCCCUCUGUGCAGAUGCUAAGUGCCAGCCCUUGGGAGGCCACUCGCUUGGCUGCAAACGGGCGAAAGAACAUCCGGUUUUUCUCCAUCUCUGGUGAUCCUAUCUCUGUGAACCAGUCUGUGGUAUCGACUGGUCUAAAGCAAGACUCUUCCUUCACUCGACAUGCAUGGCUGAUGGCAGAGCUGGUAGCAGUGGCCACAGACAAAGGGGAGGUGCUCCUUUACGAGGACGAGGUGUUCCUUGGCACCUUGACUCUGCCCGAACCCCUGGCCAUCGAGCGGAUAGUGACAUUACGCCAAGGUUUCUUUGUGGUGGAUGUGGUGGGAAUGUUCACUGUCUUUGAACUGACGGCGGCAGGAGAGAAUAGGGUCCAGAAGCGUGGGGGCGAAUCAUCCUCAGCUUCCAAACCCGUCUCCAGCAGCUCGGCGGGAGCAGGAGGGCCCACAUUCGGCGGUGGCCUAAUGGGUGCGCCCUACGCCAUCAAGAAGACCUUCAAGCCCACGGCAGACCGGAUCAUGUGUGUUUCACUCUUCUUCCCAGGUACACGUGUUGUUUGUGGUCUGGAGUCUGCCAACAUUGGAGUUCUAGAGCUUGAAGGGGAAGAGGAAGGGGUGUUCGAGCUGCUGAGGUCCGGUUUUCACACAGGCCCGGUUUUGGGCUUAGACAGCUGCGUGCAGAAGCGAGGUUUCGUCAGCUUUGGAGCUGACCAUUCCAUUCGGCUAUGGAACUAUGAGAGUAAGAAGUGCACACUGCGCAAGACUUUCCACGAAGCAUGUUUCAGCGUUAGCCUCCAUCCGUCCGGCUUCUACCUUGUUGCGGGUAUGGUAGACAAAGUCAGACUAUUCUACGUCCUUGGCGAUGACCUCCGGUGCAUCCGGGAAAUCUUCAUUCCCGCUAGCAAGCUGGUGUCUUUCAGCAAGGGGGGCCAGCUGUUCGCUGUGUGCAAGCAGAACCUCAUCUCAGUCUUUCAAACCUACAACACCUUGUCGACCGCAGCUGGCAUUCUUCGGGGGCAUACUUCCAACAUCAAGGGAAUCCACUGGGGCCCUAGUGAUGCCACGCUAGUGUCCUGUGGGCAGGAUGGCGCCGUCUAUGUGUGGGACGUAUAUAGCUAUUCUCGGGACAGGGACGUGGACCACGUUAAGAAGAUGUCGAGCUACUCUUGCAUCACUUAUAACAAAACAGCAACCGUCAUUGUCGUGGCUGGUUUGGAGCUUCCUUCCAAGAUUUGCAAGAUAAAGGCCAUUGUGAAGGGGGCGGUUGAGCACGAAACUUUGGUGCUGGACUGCACCGUCACCUGCAUGGCCUUGGGGUUUGAUGACAAGGUGCUCUUCGCCGGAACCAGCACAGGUGCCAUUCGUGCAUACGAGUGGUUCGGGGACAAGGUUCCAAAGAUGGAUGAGUCUCAGAGCGAAGAUAACUCCCUCCCUUUCGCAGAGGUGAGAUUGCAUGCCUCAGCAGUGACCCAGAUUCGGCUGAUCGCAGUUCACACUGAUAACACCGGCUCGCUGCUUGUGAGCGUCGGGGAGGAUGGAGUGGUCUUCAUCUGCGGUUUCCCGGCCUUUGACGCGGCUUCUCAAUCGCGACCUUCGGCGGAACCCAUUGGGUCGGACAUGACAGAGGGCAGCAGAUCAUUGGUUGACCGCACUGAACUUCCCCCUGAGGCAUUCCUCUUGCUGAACUCAGAUUAUAGAGAGCUGGUGGACACUGUCCACGACCUGCAAGCUCAGAUCGAGAACAUGCAGAUACAGCACGAUUUCGAAUUCCGAAGGAGUGAGAAUGGAUGGCAAGAAAUGCUGAGAAGAAUGAAGGACGAUGUGGUUAAGGUGCAGCGGGAGGCUAGAGACGACCAGGAAAAGAUGAAGACGGAGAUGAAGGGCAUAACGGACAAGUAUGAGAAGAAAAUGGCGACGAUGGACCAGGUGUUCAAAAAGCAGAUGAGUGAGGCAGAAAGGAUGAUAGCUGAUGCUGUGAGCAGGGAGGAGGAACAGAGGAGUCAAGCAGCGAAGCGGAUGAAGGAGAAGAAGUUGAGGAAUCAGGCGGAGCUGGAACAGGCGAAGGACGAGCAUGAAGCAGAGGUGCAGGCGCUAAUGAGUGUGUACAGCGCCCAGAUAGAGCAGCUGCACAAGGAGACUGUGUCGCUGACGGAGAAGAUAAGGCUGAUGGAGAGGUACAGCCAAGAGAUGAUUGACCAGCAGGAGAAGGACCAGGAGACGCAGUUGGACUUGAUGGACCAGAACGCACGACGAGCCAUUGCCUUCGCCACGGGGCUGAACGAGGAUCUCAAGGUGAGGUUCGCUCUGGUAGACAAGGGCAGGCAGGAGGCACUUCAGCGAGAAGAACAGGCUCAUGGAGAGAGACAAGAGAUGGAGGACCUGGCCAAGAAGGCACUGGAGCAGCGUGACCUGUUGACCUCCAGGAUCGUCCAGUACGAGGAUGUCCUCACGCACUUUGAAAGCACCAUCAAGAAGAAAGAUAAGGCCCUCCAAAGACUGAGGAGCUCUACGGAAGAACUUGAGGUCCAGAAGUACGUGCUCAACGAGAACCUUCGCAUGAUGAGAGAGAAGGAGGCCCCGCAGCAAGAAAAGAUCCACAGGCUUGCUCUCGAAGCCGAGGAUACUCAACUACUCAUGCGCAAGUACCUCUCUACCGUCUCCUCCCUCAAACAGGCCAAUAAAGAGAACCUGGACCGGGUGAAGUCUGCAAGGGACGAACUGCAGGCGGCCAACGAUGUUGCUGCGAAGCGAAAGGGUGUUAUGGACCAACUGUGCCGACAACUCUCCAUUGCCCUCUCGACGGAGGACGAAAGGGAGAAGUGGAAGAAGCUGCAGAAGAUGUAUGCAGACUACUGUCUCGGUCAUCCGAAGCUUGACAGCAGUUCGGACAUCAAGGAUGCCCUCGAAGAAGUCAAGAGGCAACGCAUGUACAUACAGAACAAGUUGCAAGCCAACACCGAAAUGAAACUAGCCUUCAAAAAGAUGGAUGACGUUAGAUGGGACAAAGCUUUGGCCGACAACGUGUUCCUACUUAUGGAGAACAGGCAACUACGCAGAGAAAUCAAGCAGCUCACAUUCCAGUUGUACGCAAUGGACAGUUCCAAGCUAUCCGCCAAGCAACGGAGAGAGAUGGCAUCCUCUAGAAUAUCGUUCGCCGACGAUCAUCUCUCCGCUCUUCGUCCUGCUAACUUGAAGAGGAAAAGUAUGGCCGACGUGCAAGAGGAUGAGGAGGAGGACAGCAAAGGAGGCAGGGACAGAAGCGGAAGCAGAGAGGACGCACCCAGCGAUGCCAGCAGCAAAGAGUCUGACGUCCAGGACACAAGCAGCUCCAUCCCAACACCCAGCGGUAUGAAGCCGAAGGUUGGUCCAGGGGCUAAGAGUGGUAGGUUAAGCCAGCUUGUAACUCAACUAGCUCAGGAAUUAAAACCCUCGGAAAUGUUGGAAAAGUUCCAGAUUCCAAUUCGACGGCGUACACGGGUCUCCACGGAAGGCAGCAGGUUAAAGGCCACAUCCCUGCCUGCGGCAGCGGCAGAGGCAGAGGCAGGGGCAGAGACAGAGGCAGAUGGAAGUAAUAUGGAUCCACGAAGAGAAGACAAGUCUGAUGACAAGGGAAGAAGAACCAAGGGUCAGACGACACAUGCAGGCUCACCACGGCAACGGGCAGUAUAUUUUGGCAGGUUUGGGCAGGCAGACGAGGAGCAUCGUGAUGGUGCGAUGCUGCGGCGUAGUGAGAAGGCCCACGGUCGGCAGAAGGAGAAGCAUGGAGGAGGAGAGAAACAGGAUUCAAAGGUGUUUAGAAAGGUGCAACACUUAACCACCAUAGUGAGGGAGCUGAAGAGGGAGAUCUCCAGCAGAGACGAACAACUAAAGUGGUUCAGCCAUAAGGGCAUGGAGCUCUCUCCGAAGAUGAAUGCUAAGCUCAAGAAAAUGUUUGUAAACUGGGGCAUCAUCAAGACUAUAGCGGGUCAAGGGCAUGAGACAUAUGGCAGCAGUCGCAGAGAAAGUGUUUUCCGGACAGGAAGAAGCCAGUCAGUGUACAGGGGGUUUGGCAGUCUAUCUGGGAGCGGGCUGGUCUUUGAGGGCGAUCUGGGGUUGAAGGCCGUGACGAGUGAACCGGACGUCAACCCGGCUGGUGCAGCUCUUGUCAAGAGGGGCUCUAUAGAAAACACAGCAGGAGUUGGAGGAGAACGAGUAAGUAUGACUUCCUACGCUAGCCCUGUAGCAAGGAUGAAACAUAGAUCAGUCAAAGAUGUGUUUGCCCAGGAGUUACAACAGACUGAUAACUUUAAGGGAUCUUCGAGGUCGACCUCGAAGAUCAUCGCAACCUUGACCAGAUCGAGUUCUGGUAGAAGGUUGGUGACGGGGUCCAUCUCUGCGAAGUUGAAGUCUGGGGGUGUCAAGGAUUUGCAACAAACCAUGGACACUCUGACAGCAGCAGGACAAAGACCAAGUCCUUCCAGUAGAUCGGAACAGACUGCCUAUUAUGAUGCACCAGCCAAGGGCACAAUUACAAAUGCACUUGAGACAGAAGGUCCCAUUAGUCGCGCCAGUCGAUGGUUCUCCAGCCACGGUGGCCAAGCGACCCCCAAACAACAGCACGACACCGAGCCUCAAACUGCUGCACGUGGAAAGUUAUCAUCUGGUGCUGCACCUUUUACGGAGCGUGGUACUCAGUCAACUGCUUCACCCCCGCGAAGCAAGACUGUAAGCCAGCUCGGAAGACCGGCCUCUGCGAGAGAUGAUCAGUUGUCAAAAGAAGCCUCAGAGUCUCCAUUGAGGAGGGCACAACCAGCUGGGUUGGCUAAUCACAGACCGCACACUGCUUCUGGAAAGCUCCCCUAACUCCAUCCAAACGAGCGAUGCGAACACAUCUGCACACGCCCAUCCUUCCUAAGGCUUUCCUUUGGUUGUUUGCGUUUCCCCCGUGUAUCCUCUAUCCCUCGUGACCUCUCUCUCUCUCUCUCUCUCUCUCUCUCUCUCUCUCUCUCUCUCUCUCUCUCUCUCUCUCUCUCUCUCUCUCUCUCUCUCUCUCUCUGUGGGUGGAUCUCCUCUCCCCUUGUAAGGCACCGCUCACUCCACCGGCAGUUCUUUCUUUGGCAUUCCUGUACAGUAAAGACGUUAUGAUCAC